AUGUUUGCUGAUCUGAAGGCAUUGCCGAACCACUGUAAUCUUCUCGUCAUAGUCGUCAUCACGUGUCACCCGCGCAUGCGCACCAUCACCAACUUCCUCUUCGCCAACCUGGCGGCGGCCAACAUCAGCGUGUGUUUGUUCAACAUCGUGCCGACGCUCUACCUGGUCGUGUGGAACCAGAGCCUCAUGGUCGGCACCUGGUGUCCGCUGACAAUGUUCGUCAUGGGUCUCUCCUACUGCGCGUCGAGUCUCAUCCUCAUGGCGCUGUCCGGCGAACGCUACAUCGCCAUCGUGCAUUCCAUGAAGUACAAGCAGAUUCUGACGAAGCGUCGCAUCUGGGUGAUCACGAUCACGGCCUGGCUGAUAUCGGGCGCCUACAGCUCGACGUAUCUCUUCAUCUAUCGCGACUUCGAGCGCCUGAACGCCGUCAACUACACGGUGAAGCACUAUUGCGCCAUCGACGCGACGCGGCUCGGCGCCGGCUUUCACGUGCUCGCCUUCGACGUCGCCGAGGUCGUGCUCUGGUUCCUCCUGCCGUCCGUCUUCCUCUCCGUCGUCUGCGGCAAGAUCUGCAUCACGCUGUGGCGCAGUCAGAAGAGCAUCCAGCACAACAGCGACCUCCGGCGGCAGUCGCGCGCGACCGAGGUGCCUCUUGUUAACGGCAAGCUGACGAUAGGCGCCGCUGAGAGCGGCCUCGCCGGCGACACGUCGCCGCGGCGCGCGUCGAUUAACGGCGACGCUCGUCUGCAGGUGUUCGCGCCGUCGCUCGGCGACCACGACGACGAUGACGAUAACGAGCCGUCGCCGACGGCGCGCCGCAGCAGCGACCCGCCGUUUCUCGCCGUGCCGCAGUCGGUGACGCCGCUGCAGCAGCGUCGCUUCUCACUGAGCACGGCGCUGCGCGGCAGCAUGCAGAAUCUCGCCGCGUGGCGACGCGAGAGCGACGUGUCGGCGGCGUUCCUCACGCGCAGCGAGAAGAGCGUGCUCGACGUACGCAAGCGCAUCAUCAAGAUGCUCAUUGCUGUCAUACUGUCGCUGAUCCUGCUCUCGCUGCCCUACCGCGUCUACGGCCUCAUGAUACACUGGUACGCCGUCGCGACGAUGUCGCUCUUCGUGCGCGUCGCCUUUCUGCUGCUCUACAUGAUCAACGUCGUCAUCCCCGGACUGCUGUUCGGAACGAGCGCCAUCUUCCGGAAGGCUCUCGUCGAGCUGCUCACGGGCAAGGCCGGGCCAAGGUCACACCGUCGACGCAAGCAGAUGGUCGUGCCCGUGGUGACGCUCAACGACGCGUGA